GAGCGUCAGUCUAUUCUCACCUGGCUCACCCCUACCGAUUACACUGCUCAGCAGCACGACUUCGUCAGUCGCCGACAGGCAGGAACUGGCCAAUGGCUUCUAGACUCAGCAGAAUUCCAGGCAUGGCUAGAGACCGAUAAGCAGACAUUAUUCUGUCCAGGAAUUCCUGGGGCCGGGAAGACAAUUCUCACAUCCAUUGUCGUACAGGAGCUUACUACUCGCUUCCGCAAUGAUGAGAGCAUUGGCAUUGCGUACCUCUAUUGCAACUUCCGGCGGCAAGAUGAGCAGAAGGUCGAUGACUUGCUCGCAAGCCUGUUGAAACAAUUGAGCCAGGAGAGGACUUUCUUACCAGAGAGUGUGAAGACCCUCCAUGAAAAACACAGGGACAAACGAACACGACCAUCGUUUGACGAGAUAUCGAGAACGUUCCAGUCUGUGACCGCAAUAUUUUCGAAAGUCUUUAUUAUUAUUGAUGCACUCGAUGAGUGUCGAACUACUGAUGGCUGCCGAACAAGACUCUUGACAGAGAUUUUCUUAGCUCAAGCGAAUUCAAGAGCAAACAUUUUUGCGACCUCAAGAUUUAUGCCCGAAGUUAUAGAGAAGUUUGAAGGGAGCAUUUCAUUAGAGAUUCGUGCUAGUGAGGAAGACGUGCGACGAUAUCUCGAUAGUCACAUGUUUCGACUCCCGGCGUUCGUCGGACGUAACCCGGACCUGCAAGAGGAGAUUAAGACUGGGAUUGUGCUGUUAGUAAAGGGAAUGUUCCUCCUUGCACAGCUCUAUCUCGAUUCCCUGAUUGGAAAGAGAUCACCUAAAGCCGUUCGAUCCGCUAUUGCAAAGCUACCGACCGGAACGAAUGUAUAUGAUUGUGCAUAUAAGGACGCAAUGGACCGCAUCGAUGGGCAACUAGAAGACCAGGAAAAGCUCGCCAAACAAGUCCUGUCCUGGAUUACAUGUGGAAAGAGACCGUUGACCACCUCGGAACUCCAACACGCCCUUGCUAUAGAAGUUGGUGACUCUGAGCUUGAUAAAGAUAAUCUUCCAGAGGUCGAAGACAUACUAUCUGUGUGUGCAGGAUUAGUCACAGUUGAUGAGGAAAGCAGUAUUAUCCGCUUGGUUCAUUACACGACUCAGGAAUACUUUGACCGGACACGGACAAAGUGGUUUCCAAAUGCAGAGGCUAAUAUU